AUGAAAGAUCUGUUUAACAAUAAGAAGGAAUUAUUUAUUGGGAAAAGAAUUUUUACUUGUGAUUUUUCUGUAGAUGAAAAAAAUAAAAAAAAAGAAGACAGAAAUGCAAAUGAAGAAGGAAAUAGUUGCAAUUAUGAUAAAAUAAAUAAUCAUGAAAAUAUAAUACAAAAUGAAUCAGAUGAAGAAAAUGUGGAUAAGAAUUUGAAAAUGUAUUUAUUCAAUCAGGAUAUUAAAAUAAAAAUAGGAACAAUCAGAUAUAUGGGAAAUCUAAAUAAUCAAUUCCCUAAUAAAAUAUUUUACGGUAUUGAAUGGAGCAAAAAAUUGUGUGGAAAAAACAUGGGUAAUUAUAAAGAUCACUAUUAUUUUUUACCUGUAGAUUUUUUGAAAAAAGAAAAAACGAAAUUAUAUUAUUAUAAAUUAAAUUCUGAUAUUAAUACUAAUAAUAAAUAUAAUGAAGAAAUUUUAAAUAGAUAUAAAGAUUUAACACGAUGUUCUUUUUUAUCCAUUGAAAAUGUUUAUGUAGGAAUCACUUUCAUUCAAGCCUUAAAAUUUAGAUAUAAUUACUAUCCUGAACUAGAUUUAUCUAUUGAAGAUUAUCUUACAAAAAAAAAAAAAAAAAUUAUUUUAUCUGGUGAAAAAAAGAUUAUGAAUUAUUUUAAGAAUUAUUCUCAACUUGAAAACAUAACAUUAAAUAAAUAUUUAAUAUACGAAUGUGGAAUUAUUAAUAAUUUACUUUUUAACAAUUUACAGAGUUUAUCAUUAUGUGGUAAUCUUUUUAGUAGAUGGAUUGAUAUUUUUAAAAUAAUUAAUAUUGCAAGUAAAUUAUCUUAUAUUAAUAUAUCAGACAAUAAAUUCAUGAACAUUUCUUUAGAUUCUAUAUUUGUUAAAAAUUUAUCAAAUAAUUAUAAUAUUGAUAACAAUGACAAAAAAUGUAACAACAAUAAUAAUGAUAAUGACGAUAAGGAUGAUGAUUUAAUUUAUUUUGAACAAAUAAAAGAAGUGUGUUUAGAUAACACCCUUAUUGAAUGGAAUGACAUUUUAAUUUUAUCCUUUAUUUUUCCAAAUUUAGAAGUUCUAAGCUUAAAAAAGAAUUAUCUAACAAACAUAAAAAUAAAAAAUUUAAAAAUAACUAAAAAUUGCAUUUUAUAUAAAUAUUUAACCAACAAAACAUAUAAUAAAUUAUUUAAUACUAAUACGAAAAAGCACUACUAUGAUGUGCUAAGAGAUUUAAAUGAAAAUGUAAAUGAAAGAACAUUUUAUAAUACUGAAAUGAAGCACGAUAUUAUUUAUCUAAAUAAAAGCAAUUUUGACAUAAAUAAAGUUGGUCAAUUAAAGAGAACAAAUUUUUAUGAAAGUGAAAAUAUAAAAGAAAAUAACAAAGUUGAAUUCAAUGAUCAAAAAAAAGAUUUUAAUGAAAUAAACGAAAAUUUUUGUGAGAAAAAAUAUUUAAAUUAUAAUAUCAGUAAUAAUAAAAUAGACGUCUUUACUAAUAAUGAUGAAAGGAUAUUUUAUUAUAGUACUGAUCUAUUUAAAAAUUUAAGAAAAAUUGUACUAAAUGAUAAUUAUUUAUAUGAUUAUGAAGAGUUAUUUUAUUUUGUUUAUAAAGUAAGUUCUCUUCAAUCUAUAUAUUUAAAUAAUAAUAAAUAUAGUGAUAAUAAUAAGUUAAUAGAUAUAGCAUAUAAUAUAUGUCAAGAUGAAAAUAAUAAAAUAGAAGAUAAUUAUUUAGAUAAAUUUGAAUUUAUUAAUACAAAAUUUAAUAAUCUAAAAGAAUUUUUAUUCGAUAAUAAUGAAAUAAAAAAUUAUGAAACUUUAAGAGAUUUAUUUUACAUUUUUUAUGAUUUAGAAAUAUUAAAAAUUCAAAAUAAAAAAAAUAAUUUUAAAGAAAAAAAUAACAUGAGAUAUAUCUAUAUAUCUAUUUUACCAAAGUUAAAAAUUUUAAAUCAUAGUUCUAUAAACAAAAACGAAAGGAUAAACUCAGAGAGAUUUUUUAUAUCUUUAUAUCAAAAAGAUUCAGUUGCAAAAAUAUUUAACGAAAUGGUAUUAAAUAGGAGACAUAGUAGUAGAUUAGAAAAAAUACAUUAUGAAGCAACACAAGGUGAGAUUAAUAAUGAAAUGAAAAAGUGUAUACAAAACAACUUAAUUAAUAUUACAAUUAUUCCUGAAUUUCUAAAUUCUCAAAAAUAUAAUAUUAUAAAAAAAAAAGUUAAUAAAUAUAUGAACAUAAAAGAUUUAAAAUAUUUAUGUUCAAGAUUAUAUUCAAUUCCUUUGUCUAAAUUGCAAUUAUUUUACACUGACGAGAAUUCUCCUUUAUGUAUAGAAAUUUUUGAUACAAAUGCGAGUCUAUAUACAUAUGGUAUUGAAAACGAUUCAAAAAUAAAAAUAAAAAUGGAAGAAUAA